AUGUAAGUAUAUCAAGAAUAAACCUUCACAGAAUCAAAAUAAUUGACUUAUGCUGAGGCAUUAACAUAAGUUGGUGGGGCAGGGUUAUAUUAAAAAAGAGCUUUAUUAAUAUUUGGAUUGUAAUAACUAAUAACCAGGUUAAUUAGAAAUAUUAAAUUUUUAGUUGGAUAUUGUUUUCACCUGUUUUCUUUUUUAUCAAACCAACAAUAGAUUGUCGGUCUAAUGCUGAAUGUCUAAAUUAGUGUUCUUCUGAAUCAUUAGAUGAGAAAUGUUUAGAUUAUGUUUGUGUAAAUGAUUUUAAUAAUUUAGGAUGAUUCAAUACGUAGAAAAUUUGUUGUUGGUGAUCAUUAAAUACAGCUUUCUAUGCUUUAUUACCUUGUCACAAAGCUCUAUAAUCAAUAAUCUAAUCAACUGUUUAUCUUGGAUCUGUCUCAGGAUUGAUUAUUUUCUCAUUUAUUGGUGAUAAUUAUGGUAGAUAAUUGUCAUUGUCAAUUUCUUGGGCUAUGACUUCAUUUGGAGCCCUCUUAGUUAAAGUAUUCUAUAUGAAUAAUCUUUAAGUUUGCUAUAAAUUAUUAGAUGACAGCUAUAGGACUUUUCUUCUUAGGUUUUGGAGGUAAUCCAACAAUUACUGUACAUUAUUAAUUUAUUGAUGAACAUUCCUGUAAUUUAUAUAUAUCAAAGAUUUUAUAUAGAGGGUAAUUUUAGAGAAGUCUAAAAUGUUGGUGUCUAAGUGUUUUUUGCAAUUGGUGAAUUUGCUAUUAUAGCAUUAGCAUAUUUUAUUACUUAUUGGAGAUGGUUAGCAGUUUCAGUUGCAAUACCAUCUAUUUUAUUAAAUAUUGGUAACCUUUGA